AUGAUAGUAAAGACAUCUCCAAUAAGAGUAAGCAUUCCAGUUUUAGACAUAAAUCUAUCUUACAAAUCCGAGGAAUCAUCAAAUACUGAUUUGUUUUCGGAUACUGAUACUGAAACUGAACUUUCAGAUUCUUUGCCAUGUUCUAAAUGUUGUAGUUUGGGUGUGCUUGCUGCAGAGAACCCUUUAGAAAAAGGAGAGGUGGAUAAUGGAGAACUUUGCAUCGAAGGCAUCCAAUGUAAAAGCAAGUGCUGCUACAAAAGGCAUCUUCUUGACUUGGCAAGAUGUGCUCCGUUGUCAAAAGAGAAUGCUGAAUGUUCACCAAAUUACAUCUGGGAUGUGUACUAUCGUUGUCCCUGUGAGGCUGGUCUGAAAUGUGAAACUGACAGAACCAUCAUUGGGGGUAUAACACACAAAGACUUUGGAAUCUGCAUGGACCCAAAUCAACCCAGAAAGCAAGUUGCAGAAGAGCAGAAACCAGGAGAUCAUGAAAAUACUGAAACUGCAAGUGAAGGAGGAGAGCCAUCUCAACCUGCCAGUGAAGUUCGGCCUGAAGAUACAAAAUUUAUCAACUUGAACAAUGGUGAACUAUGCAUUGAAGGAAUACAGUGUAAAAGCAAGUGCUGCUACAGAAGACAUGGUCUAGACUUGGCGAGAUGUGCCCCGAUGUCCAAAGAGAAUGCUGAAUGCUCACCUAAUUACAUCUGGGAUGUGUACUACCGCUGUCCCUGUGAGGCUGGGCUGAAAUGUGAAACUGACAGAACCAUCAUUGGGGGUAUAACUCACACAGACUUUGGAAUCUGUAUGGACCCAAAUGAACCCAGAAAGCAAGUUGUAGAAGAGCAGAAACCAGGAGAUCAUGCAAAGGCUGAAAUUCCACCUGAAAAUGGCAAGUCCGAAUAAUGUCUCCAUUCAGAACUCAUUUGCUCAAUUAAUUCCUUCACUGAACAGGUUUCUUACAUAAACUAGACAGACUGCAGUACAGACCUUAUUUGUUCCUUACUAGUGUGCUUUGUUCUGUAGAGCCAUAGUUUAACCACCAUUAAAUAA